AUGAAUCAUUUCACUCUGACGUUCUGUGCUCUUAUUUUCUGUUUUCUACUGAUGUGUAUACAGACGACUGAGGCUGGUUUUAUUCUCGAAUGGCUUUGCGACUUUGGUCUUACAAUAUUUUGCGAUAGAAAAAUCGGGAAAGUAUUGAGAGAAUACUACAGCUGUCAAAGGAAAUUAAACUAUAAUACUGAAGCAAUGCAUUCUGGAAUCCAAUUAGCCAAAAUGUUUGACACAAACAGAAGUUACCUGUCCAUAAUUCACAUACCUCUUCGAUUGUACCCUUAUGACAUGUAA